CCAGCUGAUUCGACUUGAUUUAUCGAAUAAACAUUUUAAUAUGUUGAAAUUGUAAAUUUGUGAAGUUAGCUUAGUCAACCAUACUUAUAAAUAGUAAUUUUUCGUGUUUUUAGUAAAACAUAUAUAUAUAUAUUCAACCAAUAUAUUCCAACGGUGAAAACAGAAUGCCUGGUUGUUGYGGUUGUUGCUCAGCGCUACGCCCGCGCUACAAACGAUUGGUGGAUAAUAUAUUCCCCGUAAACCCUGAGGAUGGUCUUGUCAAAUCGAACAUGGAAAAACUAACAUUCUAUUCYUUAAGUUCACCAGAUAAGCUAGAUCGUAUUGGUGAAUAUUUGUAUCAAAAAGCUAGUAAGGAUAUUAAUCGCAAACGUUACAAGUUUGUAGAAAUUGCCAUGGAGGCAAUGGACUUACUACUGCAGGCUUGUCAUGCGCAGACCACAUUAAAUUUAUUCGUUGAGUCCUUUUUGCGUAUGGUACAAAARUUAUUGGAAGACACUAACCCCAAUCUGCAAAUUAUGGCUACCAAUUCGUUCGUAAAGUUUGCAAAUAUAAAUGAAGACACACCYUCGUACCAUCGGCGUUAUGACUUCUUUAUAUCAAAAUUUUCUGCUAUGUGUCACGGCAACCACGAUAAUGUCGAAUUGCGCGACAGUAUACGCCUAGCUGGUAUUAAAGGUUUGCAGGGUGUGAUACGUAAGACUGUUUCCGAUGAUUUGGUUGAGAACAUAUGGGACAAAGUGCAUAUGGAAAAAAUAGUACCCUCAUUGCUAUUCAACAUGCAGUCCGGCGACUUAACUCCCGUUGAAGACGCAACACACGUGACACCACCAGUGCUGGCCGAAGAAGUAUUGCGCGAACUUGUUGGACGUGCAUCUUUCGGUCAUAUACGYAGCGUCUUGAAGCCACUGCUCACCCAUUUGGACCGUCAUGAAUUAUGGGUGCCGAACACGUUCGCUAUACACACCUUUCGCAUUGUUAUGAUCUCCAUACAACCGCAAUAUUCGUACACAGUUGUAGAGACUUUAAUGCAACAUUUGGAUAACAAUUUCAAGUCAUCGCCGAAGACACGCACAUCUUUAGCUGUCGUACUUUCCAAAAUAAUAGCAAUCGCAGCUGGCGAAAGUGUCGGUCCUUCCGCAUUGGAUAUUAUCAAUAAUUUGCUUACACACUUACGUACUAGCGUCAGCACAACAACAGAAAUUACGAACGAGGAAUCACAAUAUCAAGAGGCACUCAUUAAUGCGUUGGGCGAAUUUGCUAAUCAUCAUCCCGAUUAUCAGAAAAUCGAAAUAAUGCUAUUCAUUAUGAAUACGGUGCCCGAUCUAUCGAAGAAAAGCAAAGGCGAYCAAAUGCUGCAGAAUAUACUGUURAAAUCCCUACUGAAAGUUGGUACACAAUACAGCACAGUUUCAUUCGAAAAGGCCUUCCCGGCAUCCUUCUUACAACCCUUACUGAAGAUGGCACGUGCACCWCAUGAUCCUACGCGUGUCAUCGUUAUGCAGAUCUUCCAGGCGCUACUCGAUCGCCAUCAAAACGAAAAAGUGCUCAGUUAUGUGACUAUAAAGCCUUACCCAGCUUUAUCGCAGGAACCACCSUCGCGCUCUGACAUAAUAUUCACACAUAAGUAUGGCGCAAAUAUAAUGCAGGCGCUCAUCGAUAGUAUGGCUCUUUCGGAUCGCAUUGAAUCGCUUGCAUCCAGCUACAAUACGGCAGCUUUGCUUAUUGUCGAAAUGGCUUGUGGCGAGACUGUGCAAGAAUUCUUGCUGUUCAUUUUGGGAUAAUUACAACAGUACAGCAACUGAAUUACAUAUUUGCAUGCUGCGUUCAAAAAAUGACAGUAGAACGUGUUGCUGGAGCAGGUGUUGCCAGAAGMUCACGCAGUACGUGAUAYUUUGACUUGACAAAUUUGCAACACUGUUGCUGUGAUUGUCACAUCGAACGCACCCUGUGUAAUGUUAUAUAAUUAUUAAGUCCUUUAUAACAUUUUAAUCGAAUGGCGAUUUGCUAAUAGUUAACGCUGGGCGGCGUUAAAAUGUUCCCAUUGAAUAUAAAAUAUGUCUUCUUGCUUGCAAAAAUGUUUAAAACACAAAAUAAUAAAUAUUCGUUGUAGUUGUUGCAAUAUAUAGUUAACCAUUUUUAAUUGUUAAACAAGUUUGUAAAAGUAUUGGCAGAUUUUAGGUUUUGGAAUU